CUUUCAGGAUGACAAAUACUUGUGCUAAUUGUAAACAGUCUAUAAAAGAUGACGCUGAUUUUGUUCAAUGCGAUAGUUGUGAUAAGCCUUUUUACAAUGACAGACAUUGUUACAUAACGACUACUACUACUGAAUAUCGAGCAGUUCUGGUCCACAAGCAAAGAGCUGUCAUAUUCUUUUGUAAUCAUUGUAAGUGUGUAAUCAAGCAAGCACCCAUACUGUUAAAGAAAAUAUCAAUUUUGGAAAACCAAUUAGAAGCAUUGGCUAUGGAAAUUAAUUCACUCAAGGGUAAUAUUAGAGGAUUGGAAAAUGAUAAACGAAAUUUAACUGAGCUUCAACAAAGAGUCCAGGACCUGUUAUUCAAAUUAUCAUCGCGUGAUGUGGCACCUGUUGAAGCUGUUGGUGACAUUUAUUCAGUGCUUGAUGAAGUCUCCAACAGGGAAAUAAGAAAAAUAUAAUUAUAUUUAAUAUCCAGGAAAAUGAAUCAAUGUUCCUUCUAAUAAUGAUCUAAUUACAGUUAAAGCUUUACCUAGAUCUAUAAAAGUUAUUAUGGAUAGUGCUGAAACAGCCAUGCAGAUUUUAAAAAACAAAAGAAAGAUAACUCAUCCUACUGCCCGGUUUAAUAGUAAUCUAACACCUACCCAACAAAAACAUAUUGUAAUGUGAGCCAUUUCAUUAUUCAGUCAUGCUCUAAUACUCCAAGUCCCUCUCUGUAUUAUUUGGCCCUUUGAGGCUCAACUUGUCCG